ACCGGGUCAGCAGCGGCAGCGUGUGCUUUCAUUGGUAGUUUUUCAGUCGUUCGCGUGGAAGCUAAGAAAAUGUUAUCUCAGGUCCCGCUCACUUCGCGUCGCCAGCAGUUAUUCUGUCGCCUUUAGUAGCUGAAAGUCGCUGAAAGUCAUUCACUUUCUAUGGACUCCGGUCGCUACGUCGCUUCCAGUGUUGUCCCGCGCGGAAGACGACGGUUGAUACCCCGGAUAUGACGUAGGGCUAUUACAUUUUCGUAUGCUGCGCGUAGUAUCAGCUAGGCUAGCACAUCAAAAACAAAUAAACUCCAUUAAUAGCACGGAUAGCCGCAGAGUAAAUAUUCGUUCUAUACCGAGCCGUGGCAUUUGACUUUUUAUUCACAGCAGUGCCAACCUGUAUCCACCGCGAUGGUUCGGGCGCGUAGUAGUGUAGUUUGGAGUUUUUUCGAAAACAACGACUCACGGUCUGUCCGUUGUCUUCUCUGCGCUCGUCACUUGCUCAAAAAAGGUUGUGGUUCCACCACUGCUAUGCUGAGACACCUGCGUGUGAAGCAUCCCAACGAGCUCUCCACGAGAAGUAACGGACCCGGAUCUAAACCUGGCCCCGGGGAAGACCAGCACCAUCAGGCGGAAGGAGAGCAGUUCUGCUCCGUGGAAGUGGCACUGGAGGACGAUGAGGGUGGCACCAUCACCGCAGUACACACAACUGGAAUCAGCUCUUCUUUGAAUGACCUCCUUCCACAGGAGGGUCCAUCAGAAAUAAUAACACAAAUGGAGACAAGUGAUGAGCGCCCUGUGAAACGAUCGCGACAUCGCAGCGUGAUCUGGAAACACUUUGAUUGCUUGGACAAUCUGAACGCAGUUCGUUGUCGCAUCUGCAUGAAGAAGCUGGUCGAAAGUGGUGGCGUCAGCAACCUGCGGCGACACUUGUCCUCAAAACAUCCUAAGGUGUACUCUGAGCUGUUAUCCACCCAGCAGUACCCACCAACACCCUUAAACUCCUCACAAGACUCAAACACUAACCCUGAGUCCGAUGAGGCCUUAUGGGGGACAGAGCAGAGUGAUGCUCUAGUGGAAGUCUUGUCGAAGGACAGAGACUCUGAGACGGUAACACUGGUGAAUGAAACCGAUAACAGUUUGGCUAUCAACGGUAUCUUAGACGCUUCCCACGGAAAUCCAGCAGAACCUCAAACACACACAGAGGGGAGUGACGACCUUCCUGCAGGACGUCCACUACGCAGUACCAUCUGGAGACACUUUGAGCGCUUGGACAGUCUGAACGCUGCUCGUUGCCGUAUCUGCACGAAGAAGCUGAAGUGCGGGAAAAAUAGCUCCAGUAAUCUCCACCGACACAUGUCAAAGAGACACCCAAACUUGCUGUCAGAGCAGGUGUCCAAUGGGCUGCGUUUACCGGCGUUAAACUCAUCUCAGGUCUCACAUGCCAACAACAAGACGUCAGAGCAGAGACAGGCUCCAGGUGCGUUGAAGAUGUCUGAAGGAGAAAAGCGUACGCUCAAGAGGGAGAGAGAGCUGAUAGAAGCUCUGAGGAGAACGCAGAAGGAGGAGGCUCGGACUCUGGAGCAUCAGAGGGAGCUGCUGGAGAAGCUGCGUGCAGCUAGUGCCAGAGAGGCGGCAGCAGAGAGGGAGCAAAUUGAGUCUCUGAGGAAAGCACAGCAGGAAGAAGCCAACGACUUAAGUAGACAGCAAGAGGAGCUGCAGAAGGAAAAGGAAGAACUACAGAAGAAAUGGGAAGAGCUCCAGCAGGAAAGAGAAGAGCUCCUGCUGUUUUCCAGAGAGCAGCAAGUCUCUUGAUUUUAACUUUGAUGAAUGCAGCCAGCAUUGCUUAAAACACAAAAUGCUCUGAAUUUGUUUUAGUAAAAUAUGAAAAUUUGAAAACAAUAGGUGUGCAGUGGUUUGUUUGGUUUUUUUUGUUACGGCUUCAUCCUGGUAUUUAAUCCAGAACCCCAUCUCACCUUGCAAAGCCACAAAAACAACUUUCAGUUAACUUUUCCCUUUAAAGAUACCAAGAAUAUCAUAUAGAUCAGAUAUAAAAAUAUGUUUUUAAUACCAUAGUAGGUGGGGAUGAUCUGCCAAUGGCUUUCCAGGACAAUAUACAAUAAUGGUGGUGACGUGUGCUGGUCUAUGCAUUACAUUUAACCCUCUACCAUAAACUAUUAUCAAGUUAAUACAGAAAUUUUCUUUUUUUCAUUAAGCAAACUUGAGAGCCACAAAACUGCUUUUGUUCAUUCACAUUUUUAGCAAAUAGUUAGAUGUUAUUAAAAAUGUAUACUUGGUUAA